CGGUCACGAGUUCCCGGAUCGCGUCUUGUCGCGUACGUCCAUCUGCCAAAUAUUGAGCUGAGUCUGCUUCUGGCGCGGACACGGGUUCGACAACAUGUCUGACGAUGGAGAGGUCGACAAGGUGCUCACCGCGUCCGUGCACGAUGUGAAGUAUGUCAUGGGCCUACUGCGCGGUGUGCAGUUCGAGAACCGAGCGACGAUACGAGCGACGUCUGGCGGGCUCUCUGUUACCGUCGAAGAGGCUCGUACUUUGCUAGCCACUGCAUUUAUCUUCAAGGGCAUCUUCGACGAGUACUCAUACCACCCUGAGGCUGAACCCUCCUCCCAAGCUCAGUCAUCUCAGCCGGCAUCACAACCCCAAGAGGAAGGAGAGCCCACCGCUUUCGAGGUCCCGCUCAACACACUCAUAGAGUGCCUGAGCAUAUUCGGUAACGCAGGGUCCUCAUCGUCGAACACGAAACACAGGCUAUGGCACACCGGGAACUCGGACCAAGAGGAUAACCAAGAAGAGGGCUCCUCGAAUAGGGCCAACUCGAGACAGAACAAGGGCCCUGCUAACGGACGCAUAGACCAGUAUUUUGGCGGAGACAAGGGCACGGGCAUGCGGUUGUCGUACGUCGGUGCGGGGCACCCGCUGACACUGUUCAUGGCGGAAGAUGCGAGCGGUCCAACUGCUACAUGCGAGAUUACGACGUUCGAGGCCGAGCCGAUGCUGGAGCUGGACUUCCUCGAAUCCCCUACCGUCCUGAAGAUCAUUCUGAAGUCCUCAUGGCUGCGCGACGCGCUCUCCGAGCUCGAUCCGACUUGCGAGAGGUUGACCAUCAUCGGUAACCCGCCCCCGCCAGGCAGAGUUGCACGCGUCUCCGGUCCGCCAAGACUGCGUCUGCAGGCGGUAGGCACGUUCGGGAGCACCGAGAUGGACUAUCCGAGCGACAAAGAGGUGCUCGAGACAUGCGACUGUGAGCAACAGGUCCGGUUCAGCUAUGUCUUCAAGCACAUAGCGUGUGCGUCGCGAGCCCUGCAGAACUCGACAAAGACCUCGUUGCGAAUAAACGAGGAGGGCAUGCUCAGUUUGCAGCUCAUCAUGCCCACUGCUCGACCCCGGCAUGGAGGCAACAAUACGGAUGGAUUUAUCGAAUUUCGAUGUCUACCUCUCGAUGACGACUCAUGACACGCCGUGGCUUGCUGAUGUAGUGAAGACUCACCGUUUCGCCCUUGUAUUUUCGGG